AUGCAUAUUCGAGAGAAGCUUGCGCAGAAGGAGGCUGCGGGGGAGCCGGGAAUCUCUUUUGAGUUCUUUCCACCCAAGACUGCUCAGGGUGUACAGAACCUUUAUGAUCGAAUGGACCGUAUGCAUGGACUGGGCCCCUCAUUCAUCGACAUCACAUGGGGUGCGGGUGGUCGCCUCUCCGACCUGACCUGCGAGAUGGUCGGAGUUGCUCAGUCCGUGUAUGGUCUGGAGACUUGCAUGCACCUCACCUGUACCGAUAUGCCCCGGGAGAAAGUGGACCAGGCUCUCCAGGCCGCAUACAAGGCCGGCUGCACCAACAUCCUGGCCCUACGAGGAGAUCCACCUCGAGACAAGGAAGCAUGGGAAGCUACCGAGAACGGCUUCCGUUAUGCCAAGGAUCUUGUGAAAUAUAUUCGCGAAAAAUACGGCAACCACUUCGAUAUCGGCGUGGGAGGUUACCCGGAGGGUGCCGAUGACAACCCGGAUGUGGAUCAGCUGAUCGACCAUUUGAAGGAGAAGGUUGACGCAGGAAGCUCUUUCGUCAUCACUCAGAUGUUCUAUGAUGUGGAAAACUUCAUUGAAUGGGUCAAGAAGUGCCGCGCCAAGGGAAUCACAAUCCCAAUCAUUCCGGGUAUCAUGCCGAUUCAGACAUACGCUGCAUUCAUUCGCCGAUCCAACUGGACCAAGAUCCGCGUGCCACCUCAGUGGAUGGAAGCUCUGGAGCCCGUCAAGAAUGAUGAUGCUGCCGUCAGAGAUAUCGGCAAGCACCUGAUUGCCGAGAUGUGUCGCAAGCUUCUGAGCUCCGGUAUUAACCACCUGCAUUUCUAUACGAUGAAUCUGGCGCAGGCGACGAGGCUAGUUCUUGAAGAGCUUGGGCUAACGCCUUCUGAUGAAUCCCCUAUUCAGCGAGCUCUGCCUUGGCGGCCAUCGCUUGCUUUGGGACGACGAGGCGAGGAUGUACGUCCCGUCUUCUGGAGAAACCGAAAAUCUUCCUAUAUCGCCCGUACCCAAACAUGGGAUGAAUACCCCAACGGUCGAUGGACUGACUCUCGUUCGCCUGCUUUCGGUGAACUUGAUCAAUACGGUAUUGGGCUCAAAGGAACCAACGAACAGAACAUCAAGCUCUGGGGCGAGCCCAGAUCGCUCAAAGAUCUUUCCGAUAUUUUCCUUCGGUUUUUGCAGGGUAAAUUGGAUCGAUUGCCUUGGAGCGACAGCCCAAUCACCGCCGAGGCAAACGAUAUUCAGGAUCUUCUGAUCAAUUUGAAUCAGAGAGGAUUCUUCACUAUCAAUUCACAGCCUGCUGUGAAUGGUGUGAAGUCUUCUCAUCCGGUUUACGGAUGGGGCCCUAAGAAUGGCUUCGUUUACCAGAAGGCCUAUUUGGAACUCUUGGUCCCGCCUUAUCUGAUUGAUGAGCUUAUCGCACGGAUCGAGAAGAACGACGACCUGACGUAUCACGCUAUCCGCAAAGGAGGUGAGCUGCGGACUAACACCCGUGAUAGCCCAAACGCCUUGACUUGGGGUAUCUUUGCUGGUCGAGAGAUCAUUCAACCGACCAUUGUCGAAACAGUCAGCUUCCUUGCCUGGAAGGACGAGGCGUACCGGCUUGGUGAUGAUUGGUCCAAGUGUCACGAGGCCGGUAGUCCUAGUCGGAAGCUAAUCCAACAGGUUAUGGAUGAGUGGUAUCUGGUGAACAUCGUUGAUAACGAUUUCCACCGAUCCAAUGCUGUCUUCGAGCUCUUCAAGGAUAUCGAAAUCAAGGAUUUCGAGGUCGAGCUACCCGGAAAGCCUGAGACCAACGGUUCAUCCGCGCAGAACGGUGCCGCAGAACAAAACGGAGCGUCUGCGAAAAACUAA